AUGGCCAAGUGGAGAGGAGAAAGAAGAAGCCUUUCACCUUCAGGAUUCUGGAGUGAGCAGGAAUGGGACGCUGACCCGGGCCGUACAUCUUUCUGGCGCACUCUUAGGUCUCAAAGUCCCCUCGCUCUCUCGGAUCUUGACUUUUGGGAUAGUAGAUCUCUUCUUAAAGCUCGGAAAUCUCCUGCAUGGAGUUGUGUAGGCUUAUCUGGAUUGACUGACCGCUCAAAAAUCAGCACCAGCACUCUUGGCAGCCAGAACCACAGGGGCUCCCUGGGCAUGACGAGAUGGUCAUCUGCAUCCCGUCUGGCUCCAGAAGGAGCUCCGCGAUCACACUCUUCUGCUGAAGACUUUGAGCUCAGAGCUGCUCUGGAGGAAAGCAGCAUGAGGAGAGCAGAGCUCAUCCAGAGGCUCCGAGAGGCCAGAGGUCACCUGGAUGCCCAGACAGACCUUCUGAAAACCAAAGGAUCUCAGCUUCAACAAAGCCAGAGCAUCUCAAAUGUCCUAGAGAUGAAGCACAAGGACAGGGAUAUCAAAGUGUGCUGUUGUUUACAAGGAACCCUCAUCGCUGUUGAUCUUCCUCCCCCACAGCAGCUGUCUGAAGCAGUGAGUGCUCUUGAACAAGACAAGGAAGCUGCAGAGCUGAGCCGAUUUGAGGAAAAAACCUUCAUCUCUGAUACUUUCAGUCUAUUAAGAAGGUUUUGUACUGCAUGCUGCUGCUUCCACCAGGGACAGAGGCAGGUUGAGAAAGAGAUAAAGAAGCUCAGAGAAGCUCUCAGAAAAGCAGAGGAGAGAACAGAAGACCUGGAGUACGAGAAAGACAGCGCACUGAGACAGCUCCACUCCUCUGAAGAGAGGAAACAUGAGGCAAUUAACCAAGCAGAAGAGUUGGAACAAAGACUGAGCAGCUCCAUCCAGACCCAGAAAGAGCUAGAGGACCAGCUGAAUGAGUCCCGCAGCCGUCUGGGACAAAUGGAGCUGGAAAAAGACAUGUUUUCCACUAAAACCCGGAGACUAGAAGACAAUCUGAAUGACUUAAAGGUCAAACUAUCCGGAGCUUUAAUGGACAAAGACCGUCUUGUCCAGGAAAAAGCAGAGCUCCAUCAGAGGAUCCAGGCUUUGGAUCUGCAGUUGCAGAGGGAGCAGAGGAGCAAACAGGGCUUCACCGAGCAGGUGUGUGAGCUCCAUUCUGAGCUGUCUCAAGCUAAGAGCCAGACCAACAAACAGAAGAGGGAAACCAUGUUGAUGAAGAAGGAGCUGCUUUCCAUUAAAGAGUUGAACGAAAAGCUGUCAUCUGAUCUGACCAAAGCUACAGAGAGACUACAGGUGACUCUUAACCAGCUACACGAGCUGGAGGCAGAGAAACUGAUCCAAACCAAUCAGAUUGCGGCACUGGAGACUGAGCGCUUGCAGCUGAUAGGAGAGAAAGAGGAACUGAGGAAAACAUUUGAUGAGGGACUUCAUGAGAAGAUGAUAGAGCUGGGAGAGAGAUGCUGCCAGCACAGAGAAUUGCAGGACAAUCUAGAACAAGAAAAUCAGACCCUGCAAUUAAAAUGUCAAGACCUCGAAAAAAAAGUCCAAAUCUCGGAGGCGGGGUAUAAGCAUAAAGAGGAGGGGCAACAGCAAAUGAGGGCAGGGUUUGAGCAGGAAAAUGAGGAGUUGAGGAAACUGGCUGCUCACUGGAAUGAGAGGUGGCUGGAUGUGGCGAUGACGUUAUGCUCGACACAAGCAGAACUCGAUGAGCUCAAGAGUCAACAGCGAGUGAAUGACAACCGAGAGCCUGAAGUUUCGCAACAGAUAGAGCCUGAGAGGGACCAAAGCCAAGUGCAGCAGAGACUCACGGGUAGCUCUGUGUCUCUUGAAGUCUUGGAUGGAGAGUUGGUGCAGGUGAAGGCGGAGCUGCUGAAGGUGAGGGACAUGCUGAAGAUCAGAGACACUGAGCUGGAGGAACAGCUCCAGGAGCUGCAGUCUGCUCGCCAUCAGGAGUCACAACAGAGCGGUGAGGUCCAGAGGUUGGAGCAGCUUCUUGCAAAGAGAGAUCAGGAAAUUAAAGAAAAGGAUCAAGAUCUGAAGAACCUGGAGAUACAGAGGAUAACACAGAAAGCAGAGGCUCAGAUCAAGAUAUCCGCCCUGGAGCAGGAGAUUUUUGGACACAAAGGUCUGCUGUCGAGAAAGGAAGUGGUCAGUGAAUGCAGUUCUGAGUCACUGAAGGCCCUGCUAGAAGAAAGCAGAAGGCGAGCAGAAACGCUUGAGCAGGAAAGAGACCGAACUUUACAAAAACGGCAGGAUCUUGAACCUCCCCAGCAGGACAAAACAGAGAAAGAAUCUCCAUUAGAGACUAAAAAACAGAAACCCGCGGGUUCAGACCUUGUAGAUCCAAACCAACAGAGGAGGCAGGUCACCGAGCAGCUGAAAAGUCUGUUCAGAGAGAGAGAGCAGCGUGGAGAGAGGUCUCCAGUUUUCACAAGAAGAUCUGGUUUGGUCAACAGCAGGGUCCAAAAUGCUACAAGUACUGAGAACUGGAAUGCUCUUGACACAUUAAACCAUCAGGGAAGAAAAACACAGGAACUGGAGCAGGAACUCCAGCAGGGGGCAGCAAAGAGGUCUUCAUCCCAGAUCUCAGUCUCUCAGGGGGGAUCAACGAGAUCGGAGAAAGGGGAGGAGCAGAAACAGCCCACCAGUGUGAAGAACCACAGCAAGACAACCAAGGAUAAAUUUCCCCUGGGCUGCAGUGAUGGAACAUUCCUUGCAAGGCAGGUUGAGGUUUGUGGCUCAGAUUUGGAAGAUACGGAAGGGUCCAUUUGAAGAGGAGAGGGGAGCCAGCGUCUGGAGUGAUGAUAAUCCAUUGUGAAAAUCCAUACUGCACUGACAGUUUCUUUAUUAAUCGCCAUUUAUUAUGAAUUACACAG